AAAGUUACUGUUCACAUCAUGUAACCAGUAACGUUACGCCAUAGUUGCGAAACAAACAUGUAGUUUGAAAGGGCACAGCGCUAGUGAAUCUGAACAACACUAUGCAACUACUUUAUCUGGUCAUUGCGGUAAAAACACUAUUAUGUGUCAGUGACAGUUACACCAUCAGAAGCUCGGUUUCAUGGGCUGUCACCAAUGAUGUGGUGGACGAAGAGCUGGACACGCACUCGGACGAGGCGCCCGCUGUCCUCGUCGAUAACAUUGGGAUCUGGAAACAAGCCUAUCCGUCCUCUGUGUACAGGGACGAUUCAGAGAAGAAACCUGACCAGAUAUCGAAAACCGAGGAUGUGUCAUCCGCGUCCCGUGUGUUCUCAUACCGCAUGGAGGAGGUGAAGGCGAAGGCGCCGUCCAGCGUUCCAACACCUCCGCCGCACGAGGACACGGCGAGGGUAGCGCGAUACAUGGCGCAUUACAGCGACUGGGGUCACCUGGCAACCAUCUCCACGCAGGAACAGAUUAAAGGACUUCCAUUUGGCAACAUCUUCUCUGUCAGUGACGGUCCAGCUGACAACAGCACUGGCGUUCCUUAUUUUUAUGUCACACCGAUGGACAACACUGUAACAGAUCUUCGCAGCUUCCCUUAUGCCUCCUUAACGUUUUCUGAGGCAGAGGGGGAUUUUUGCAGGACGCAGGUUUAUGACCCUGAGGACCCCAGAUGUGCAAGACUCACUUUGACUGGUAAAAUGGUGGAAGUUGGACCAGAUGAACUUGACUUUGCCAAGGAGGCCAUGUUCUCCAGGCAUCCUGUUAUGAAGAAGUGGCCCCCUGGACAUAAGUGGUUUUUUAUGAAAUUGGUUUUGCAGCAAGUUUGGCUGCAGGACUGGGUUGGAGGAGUCUCUGUCAUUGCGCUUGAAGAAUAUUUCAAAGCGACACCUUUCUGAGAAUAAACGGCAGCAUCCUAUAAUGAACAAGGUACAAGCAGAACUGAACUGAUUAUGGACAGAAGGUGGUUAUGUAUUUGUUACAAACUAUUUCCAACUAGUGUUUUUUUUAGUGGUCAUGAUACCAGUUCAGUGCCUCUGGAUUUUGUUCCAAACGUGUUCCUGAGGAUUUAUUGAAUGUAUGAAUUAUUUUCGAGGAAGCCUAACAUAAUCAAUCGAAUAAUUCCCCAGUGCCCCAAUUAUGUUAUUUUAAAGAUUUCCUAUUUUUAGAGAUUUGUUUUGGAGGCAUGCAUGCAUCCCAGGUCAAAAAACACUUUACUUUCAUUAUUCAAAUCUGUAGGUUUUUACUGGAAGUAAGACUGGAAUAACUGACAGAAUUGUUUCAGGGAGUUCCGGAACUUUUAGUUUUUUUUCAUGGAGAAAAAAAAACACUUCAUUUGUUUCACUUUCACUUUAAACUUUUGAAACUUUGCAGACAUUUUACAUUCAUAAACACCUGAAAAAGCAUAAUGGGCACUUUAAGGUUGGAGACUUUAUCACAUAUAUUCUAGACACUGUAUUGAAAGUAAAGCUAUUAAUUCAUUUAACAAAUAUUAAAAUCACUUAUACUUAACCUUUCUACCAUAGGCCUUCACAAUGAAAUGUGAUUUCUAUGCUAAAUACUUCCGUACACAAAGAAAAUGUAUAUAUAAAUAUUUGUAGAGAUUUUUUUCCUGUUUUCUCUGAAACUUGACUGGUCUGAUAUUUCAUUUACAGCUGAAGUGUGGAAUACAAGUUGUGUGUGUGUGUGUGUGUGCAAAAAGAGUUUUUGUCCGUUGUAUUCAUGUCAUCUAAUGUCAUUUCAGUUUCAGUUUUAGCUCUACAUUUAAAUCUCAACAGUGGCUUACUGUACAGUACAUGACCUCAUAUGUAAUCCUACCUAACACAAUUACAAUGUAAUUGACAUCUUAAUGAAAUGUCGAUUACACUUUAUUUUAAGGUGUCUGUUACAGUGCUAUUAUACAUUUAGGUACUGAGUAAUAACAAUUAAUUACAUGUACUUACUAUAAGGUUAGGAUGAGGGUUUGGUAAGGCCUGUAAUUAUGCAUAAUAUAUAGCUAUUACUACAGUAACUACAAGCAACAGGUGAAACAAGGACACUAAAAUAAAGUGUUACCGAUCAAAUAUAUGUCUGUGCCUUGCAUUACGACUUCACCAUGAUAUACAUGUGCUGCACAAAUAAAAUAAAAA